UCGAGAGUGAAUUCCUACAACCAGCUCACCAUCAUGUGGAUUUUAAAUAUACAGGGAAUAGCCCUAUUGGGUUACUUUUGGAUAUUUUUUUUAACCGCUGCUGACUGCCAAAACCUGCCCGGAUCGAGCCGUCCCGCUAUUUCUAUGCGACGCCCGGUAAUGAGACAGUUGGUAACACAAUGUCCUGCACCAUACUUUCCCAACGGGGAAGCUAAAAUACGAAACCGGGGCAGAAUGAUGCGGUUCGAUUGUUCGUACGGUUUCAAGCUGGUUGGCAAUCGUUACUCCAACUGCCAAAAUGGACGUUGGGAUACUUCGAUUCCGGUUUGUGUUAGAUCCGGUUGCGGUACGUUGCCACUGGUAGCCUCUGGGUAUGUGCUGUACGAGAUGAACAAAGCGUCCGCGUGGCUUUCGUGCUUUGACGGAACCGAGCUGGCAGGUUCCAGAAACACGUAUUGUAACGGAACACACUGGGAUCGUCCGCUGGGUGUUUGCCGUCGUACGGGCCAGGGUACGCCUACUAGUUGCGACUUUGAGGGCGAAUCAUUGUGUGGCUGGUCGAACGACGCCUUGCACGAUUUCGACUGGAAGCGCAGCGACGGAACGCUAAACCCGCGGGCACUCAGAACUGGGCCGAAGUACGAUCACACCACGAUGCAACCGAAGGCAGGACAUUUUAUGAUCGUCGAUUCGGGCGAGCAACUAACGAACGAUACGGCCCGCUUCAUAUCACCAAUGUUCGAACCGGAGCUUAGCAUUGGAUCAUGCUUCCAGUUUUACUAUCACAUGUACGGCGAAUCGGUUGGCACGCUGAACGUGUACGUCAAACCGAUGAACAGCGAUCUAUACGAUUUACAGCCGACCUUUGUGCAGCGAGGAAAUCAGAAGAACAUUUGGCACGAGGGUCACGUAGAAAUCGCACAGCAAACCGACCGGUUCCAGAUCGUCAUCGAAGCAAGCCUUGGAUUGCGCUACAAGAGCGACAUAGCGAUUGACGAUGUCAGUCUGCUGCAGGGUGACAGUUGUCGGGUGCCGGUUGAGGAUAGUGAAGAACCCCCGCCGGAAGCGGAAAACGUGCCGGUGAAGAUAGAAUCGUGUGAGAAUCGGUGUGGUAGCAGUAUGGCAGCUGUUCUGAACAACAGUGACACGAUCGUGCAUUGUGAUUGCCACGAGGACUGUGUGACUAACGAUACCUGUUGUCCUGACUUUCGGGAACGUUGUGUUUUCGAAGUGCAGCAGGUCGUAAGUAGCAGCGUGAGUACAACCUCAGCGUCAACAACGGUUAAGGUGACUUCUCCGAAACCUACGUCAACAACGUCCACUAUUGUAGUGACAACUAGCACUACAACUUCCACGCCCAGUAGUACCACUAAACGAACAACGGUUACCAGCACUACUGCUAAACCGACACCGACUACUACGACCAGCACUACUCCAAAGCCAACGACAACUUCAACCGUCAGUACAUCCACCACGAAGAAGUACAAUCUACGUCCAUCCCGACCAAUCUUGGUCCCACUGACCAUGAGACCCCUACGGUUUACUACCCCUACCACUACCACCACCACUACCCCCGCCAUUACCACCACCACCACAGCAACAUCCACUUCAACAGCGACUACUUCGACGGCCUCCUCCACUCCUACUCAAUCCGACAUAGUAUACGAACCGACCGCGGAAUCUACCACGGAAGAAGUGAUUGCACCCGGGUUGGCCAUUGCAGUAAACGUUGCGGUUGAAAAGGUCCAGGAAACGCCUAGCUUGAUGAAAUUCUUCAUCUACGUAUUGGCCGUAGUAACGUUAUUCGUGUGCAUUUUGGGUGUAGCGUACUUUUACGCACGGAAAUCACGUUCCAGUGUGUUGGCACGGUUGAAGGAGAAAUCCCAUAAGAGUGGUUUCGAGGAUAUCCGAUUUUUGGCCGGCGAGGAAGAUUUAGAUUUUAACAUUUGCCAGGCGAACGAUGUGGGAGAAGAAGUGAAAGACGACCAUUCGGGACGUCCGCCAAAGAAUGGAAAGCAAGGUACGGAAGCAAAACGAGCGGUUAAGGAUCCAAAAACUGCCACGGAGCGACAAUCAAAGACCCAAGAAGUACAUGCACAUGGUCACAAUGGAGAUGAGCAUACCGAUAGUGAUGAUGAUUCGUCGGACGAUGGAAGAGGUGGUCGUGGUGGUGCGAAGAAGACACACGCUAAGGCGAACAAAAAACCGUAUCAGAAAUAUGUUAAAUACCAUGACGAGGAUAUGGAAUCGACCUUACUGUGAGGGCGAUGAUAAGCAAUUGUAGUUGGUGCCACUGUACGCUGUCAAGAAACCGGAAUAGCAAAGAGCGGGAAAACCCCGAUAAGAAAUUGGUGCCUUUUUGUUUUGUAAAGCACAACAGGAAAUGCGAUGUGCAAAUGCGUGAUAAACAUAUGAAGCAAACGGAACAACGAACCGAUUUGGAGGUGAAGCUCACAGACGCAUUCUUGGGGGAAGAUAAUUAUUUUACACCGCUUUUCAAAGGAGUCAAUCGAUGUCGAAAUGAAGUGGUCGAUAGCCUAGGUUAGUUGUAAGGAACGAUGAGGGAACACAUUUUAGAAAUAAAAGUUUGAAGUAAGACCUUUUAA